AUGGACCAGCGAGAAUCCCAGGCCGGGGACGACCGUAGCGGCGAGCGCGAUCAGAUCUCCGGCGAUUUCAUCAGCACGCUCCCUGACGCCAUCCUCUGCACCAUCAUCUCGCUGCUCCCCACCAAGGACGGCGGCCGCACGCCGGCCAUCUCACCCCGAUGGCGCUACCUGUGGCGCUCCGCGCCUCUGAACCUCGAGGUCCGAUCCCCUGCCAACUCCCACUCCCCCUCCACCGUCCUUCCCUCAGCUGUGUCCGGGAUAAUUUCCAACCACGAUGGCCCCGCCCGCCGAUUCUCCAUCGGUUGCUUCCCCGACGACCUGGACGCCGACGCAGAGAGCUGGUUCCAUUCCCGAGCCCUCGCCAACAUCCAGGAGCUCGAAUUCACCUACCACAACUACAAGCGCUUCCCUGGAUGUACUCGAGAGAACCUACUGCCACCAUCCGCGCUCCGCUCUCCCAGCCUCCUCGUUGUCAAAAUCAGCUAUUGUAAUUUCCCCACCUCCUUGCCGUCCAUGAAUUUCCCCCUCCUGAAGCAGCUCUCCUUGAUGUUCGUUUCCAUGUCGGGGGAUGUGUUUCAUGGCUUGCUCUCUGCAUGCCGUGCCUUGGAGAGCUUAUACAUGGCUGAAAUUCGUUCUACGGGUUGCCUCCGUGUUAGCUCGCCGACUCUUAGGAGUUUUGGCUUCCGUAAUAGCGAUGAAGAGACCGAACUGGUCAUCGAGGAUGCUCCUCACCUUGUAAGGGUACUGCUACCUUAUAUUCACCACUCUGAUUAUUGUGCUACUAUACGUGUAGUUAGGGCGCCUAGACUGGAGGUAUUGGGCCCUAUCUUACCCGUCGUCUCCAACAUACUAGUAUCUCAGGUAAUAAGCCCACUCACCUCAGCAAACUCCAUGUGCACCGUGAAGGUUUUGUGUCUCAGGUCUUCUGGCUAUGAAUUGGACGGAGUUCGUAAUGUCCUCAGGUGGUUCCCCUAUUUGGAAAAAUUAUACAUCAUUUUUGGCAGACACUCAGAGGAGAAUAAGAAAAAUGAGCCUCAGUAUGACCCACCACAUCAAAUUGAAUGCUUUCAGACCCAUCUUAAAACAGUGGUGUUUAAGAUAUUCAUAGGCUAUGAGAAACAGGUUAACUUUGCGAGGUUCUUUCUUGUGAAUGCCAAAGCGCUAAACAAAAUUGAAUUUGAAGUAUAUGGUGCGUGCGAUGCUAUAUCGGUGGCUUAUUACCAUAGUCUGCUACAAGUGGAAAAGAGAGCUUCUCAAGAUGCUCAGGUUGAAUUCAGGAGUGAAUAUCAACGUACUGGGUACGAUAACCAUGUCCAUGAUUUGUCUGUGGCCGACCCCUUCGGACAGCCAUAG